AAAAAAGAAAAGAUCUUGGCGCCACAUUCCUCUCAAAAUUCCCUCGCCACCGCCGCAAUUCAUCACUGUAACCCGCCCACAGCCCACUAUCUUCCCCAAUACUCUCACACACAAACACUUCCACUGCGUGAAAAAAAUGGGGGAUUCCACUUCUCCACUCACCUUACCAGAGAACCCUAACCCCAAAUCUAGCCGCAGCAGCUCGACUAAAACAAUACACAUCGGCGGCAUCCCGGUGGACUUCCCGUACAAGCCGUACGGCUCUCAGCUGGCAUUCAUGAACCGAGUGAUUUCGACGCUCGAUAGGUCGCAGAGAGAGGGCCACUGCCACGCGCUGCUCGAAUCGCCCACUGGCACGGGGAAGUCGCUCUCGCUGCUCUGCUCCGCCCUUGCGUGGCAGCAGAAUCAGAAACUGAGAAAUAUUCGGAAUAACUUGACGCAUUCGAGCUCUAGGGCUGACCCUCAGGCCGUCACGGACCCGAUUAAUCAUGGAGGCGGCUUCAUCCCUGAGACUCAGCCAUCAGGGAAUCCAGUGUCACCACCACCCUCUGCAGCCAGUGCCAACAAAGAGAAAAAAAGAUUAGCACCGAUUAUCUUUUAUGCAUCGAGAACUCAUGCUCAAAUCAGUCAAGUGAUCCGGGAGUACAAGAAAACAACGUACAGGGUCCCCAUGGCAGUCUUGGGGUCAAGAAAGUAUUACUGUACCAAUCCAAACUUACGUGGUGAUGAGAAAGUUGAUGAACAAUGUCGGUUGCUUCUGAAGAAUAAAGAAGAUUCCUGUCCAGAAUACAAAAAUGUUCAUAAAGUCAAAGGUCAUCCCUCUCUUCAAAAAGGUGGUUGCCAUGAGGUCCAUGACAUAGAAGAUCUUGUCAAAAUUGGGCAAGUAGUCAAAGGCUGUUCAUAUUUUGCAGCACAUUCUAUGGCUGAAGAUGCAGAACUGGUCUUCUGUCCAUAUAACUACAUCAUCAAUCCAAUCAUCCGAGAGGGACUGGAAGUUAAUAUGCGGGGGAGCAUUAUUAUUUUAGAUGAAGCACAUAAUAUAGAAGACGUAGCUCGUGAUGGUGGUAGUAUUGAUCUUGAGGAGGAAUCUUUGCUAUAUUUGAAGACAGAACUGGGACAGCUGAGCCUGAGUGAUGACAUGACAUACCUACCCUUGUUUGAAAUGACUCAGGACAUAUUGAGUUGGAUGGACCGGAGAAAAAAUGCCCUGAUAAAGCGUGAUUUUCGGUGCCAUUUCCGUUGUUGGACUGGAGAUAAAGCUUCAAAAGAGCUACAGGAAGCUAAUAUAUCAUUGCAGAAUUUUCCAAUAUUGCAACAUUGUGCCAAAAAGGCCAUCAGAGCUGCUUCAGAAGCUGAGCUAGAUGUUUCUCAUUUAACUGGAAUGGCGUCAACUAUCCUGGAAGGAUUGUUCUCUUCACUCGGUUACUUCUUCUCUGGGAAUGGCAUCCAUAUCCAUGACUUUGAACUGGCACUACAAAGAGUUGCAAAGAAAGAUGAAGGUGGUUGGACAAACACAUUCAGCUUGUGGUGCUUAAAUCCUGCUGUCGUUUUUAAAAGCAUUGCUGAAUCUGCACAAUCUGUGAUUCUAACUUCAGGAACACUUUCACCCCUGAAUACUUUCUCAUCUGAACUUGGUGUUCAAUUUGGCACUUGUCUGGAAGCCCCACAUAUCAUAGAUGUUGAUUCCCAGGUGUGGGCGGCUGUGAUUUCCAAUGGUCCUGGUAACUAUCCACUCAAUGCAAGCUACAAAACUGCAGAUGAUUAUGCUUUCCAGGAUGCAGUUGGCACAUCUUUGGAGGAAAUAUGCAAAGUUGUUCCUGGUGGUUGUCUGGUUUUCUUUCCUAGCUACAAGCUGCUGGAUAAAUUAAGCACCAGGUGGCAGGAAACAGGCCAGUGGUCUCGAUUAAAUGCACAAAAAUCCAUUUUUGUUGAACCGAGAGGGAGCAGCCAAGAUUCGUUCGAGGCUACUCUAAAGGAAUACUAUAAUUACAUACGUCAUGGCACAAGAAAGUCCAAAGGGAAAAAGAUAAGGGGCAGAACACUUGGCCUUAAAAGUAGCAAUUUGGUGGAGCCCACGAAUGAUAUUAGGAAAGAAGGGGCAGCUUUUCUAGCAGUUUGUCGAGGCAAGGUAUCUGAAGGGAUGGACUUCUCAGAUGACAAUGCUCGAGCUGUUGUGAUUGUUGGGGUUCCCUUUCCUAACAUUUAUGACAUUAAAGUUGCACAGAAGAAGAAGUUCAAUGAUAUAAAUGAGUUAUCUAAGAACCUUUUAAGUGGGAAUGAGUGGUACUGUCAGCAAGCUUUUCGUGCUCUAAACCAGGCUGCAGGUCGUUGCAUUCGGCACAGGUUGGAUUAUGGAGCUAUCAUCUUCUUAGACGAGCGGUUCCAUAGAGACAGAAAUAGAGCAUACAUAUCAAAGUGGCUGCGCAAGUCUCUUAGGCUCUACAGCAACUUUGAGGAAUCACUUGACGGUUUAAAAUCCUUUUUUAGAGAUGUGAAGGUUCAUACUGGAAGUACAUCAACUUCAUCACAAGAUCUGGAGGUAGUAGACAGUGAAAACAUCAAGCCCGUAGAUAUAAAGAUGGAGACAGGGAAGAAAACCAAUAAAAUAACAAAAUCCAAAUGUUGUCAAGAUAAAAUAGAAGCAAAUAAUGCAUCUGCUGGUGAAAAAGCUGCACGGUUGACCCAUCCAACAUUUGCGGUUUCAAGAUAUGAUUCUCUGCCCAGUGGAACUAAAACUGAAGUUGUUAUUCUAGCUGAUGACGAUGAUGCUAGUCUUGCCGCGAGUACAUUGACCGUAGAGUGUAAUUCUGAAAAGCGCUCCAGGUCAUCUGGAACGCGUUUGGUGGAAUCACCCUCGGAUGAUCCUGAACUUAUUGUUAAGGAAACGCCUGGCAUGAAUUGCAGGGGUGAGCCAACUCCUGAAGUCUACUCAAGAGAUGAUUGCUCAAGUCCGAGGGCAACCCAUUUAUUCAGUGCACGUCCUCAGCAAUCUUCUUCUCAUCCAAGAUCUGUCCAAAAUUGUCUUUCUAGUCCUAUUAAUCUCACGCGUUCAGAAGCUACCACUCCCGAGCAAGAAACAGUUUCCAAAGUAGACAACCAAGAACCUGAAGCAGAAUCGUGCUGGAGUGCCAAUUCAAAUUUCUGGAAAAGAAGAAAGAUCUCUAAUUUGUCAUCGGUCAGCCUUCUCCGUGAAUUUAGUACUCCGUUGGCCAGUUCAAUAACGACUGCAGAAGCAACUCACAACAAAGGGGAGACUCAUCAUUUUGAAAAGGACAGUAGAAAAUCUAAUGCCAUCCCUUCAACACCUAAUAGUUCUACUGUAUCACACAGCUCUUCUGAUCUUAACAUGGACGAGGGACUACAGAUAUUCUGCUCACACUGCAAAAACCCAUUGGGUCUUCUUGAAAAUGAUUCAUUGGUCAAGUGUUCUCUCAUUUCGACGUCAAAAGCUCACUUGAUGUCUCUUCAGAGGAAGACUCCGGAACCUGCAGCUUUAAUACCAUCAAGUGUGGACGUUCUGGUAUCUGAAGCGCCAUCGAUCCAUCCACGUGUCCUUACAUCUCAAGAAAGUGCUACUGGACAGGGGAUUUGGUGCAAGGAAGAUGGAUGCGUAUUCAACUCUGUAUUUUGCCCCUUCUGUGACCAAUCUGACAAUUGCAUUGGUGUUCAUGUGGUGGCCACUGAUGAGUUGAAUAUGCAGUUCCAAAAUAAGAUAUUGUUCUAUCAGGAUUGCUUGGAGAUCAAGAAGAUCGAAGCAGAGAUGAAGAAAGUUGCAACAACCGACAAGGUUCCGUCUUCACACGGUGGCUCAAGCGUAGUGCAAAAUACAAGUCUCAACGUCUUUGAGAAAUUCACAUAUACUUCACCAGUUCAAGAUUCUGGAGGUUGGAGGAACCCAAAGUCGCGGAUGCGCCUGCCAAAGAAGGUAUAGAUUAUUGUGCAUAAAUCAGAUGUCAUGAAAAUAAGGUAUUGAACGUGCUAUAUAUACAAAGCUGAUGACUGUAUCAAACUGAAAUUUUUGAAGUUCUAAAGGAUUGAAUUUUCUUGUAUAUAUAUUAGCAUCUGGAUAUACUUUUUGGAUAA